AUGGUUUCUACUCACAACCGUGAUAAACCAUGGGACACGCCAGAUAUCGACAAAUGGGCCUUAGAUGAAUUCAAACCUGAAAAUAAUACUUCAGGAAUGCCCUUUGCAGAAGAAUCCUCAUUCAUGACAUUGUUUCCUAAAUAUAGAGAACAUUACUUACAAUCAGUAUGGAGUGAUGUUACAAGAGCUUUACAAAAGCAUUUUAUUGACUGUGAAUUGGACUUGGUAGAAGGUUCAAUGACAGUGAAGACUACUAGAAAAACUUUUGAUCCGGCAAUGAUUCUCAAGGCUAGGGACUUAAUAAAAUUAUUGGCGAGAUCGGUACCGUUUCCACAAGCCGUUACGAUUCUUAGAGAUGACAUAGCGUGCGAUGUUAUCAAGAUUGGAAACUCGGUUGCUAAUAAGGACAGGUUUGUCAAAAGGAGACAAAGAUUGGUGGGACCAAAUGGAAAUACACUUAAAGCUUUAGAAUUAUUGACGGGAUGUUAUAUCCUUGUCCAGGGUAAUACUGUGAGCUCUAUGGGUCCUUUUAAAGGUUUAAAAGAAGUAAGAAGAGUGGUUGAAGAUUGCAUGAAAAAUAUACACCCCAUUUAUUAUAUCAAGGAAUUAAUGAUAAAGAGGGAGUUGGCAAAGAACCCUGAGCUCAAAAAUGAGGAUUGGUCGAGAUUCUUACCAAUGUUCAAGAAAAGAAACGUUGCACGUAAAAAGAAGGCGGCCAAUGCUAAAGAGAAGAAGGUUUAUACUCCCUUCCCACCUCCUCAAGCUCCAAGAAAAGUCGACUUACAAAUUGAAAGUGGUGAAUAUUUCUUGGGUAAGAGAGAGAAGCAACGCAAAGAGCUUCAGCAGAAGCGUGAGAACCAGGAGGAAGUAUCCGAAAUUAGAAGACAAGAAAGAGACAGAGCCUUUGAAGCACCAUCAGAAGACAUACAUGAGAAUAAGCUAUUGGCUAUAGAUCUGAAAAAGGAGAAAAAGGAGAAAAAGGACAAGAAGGAAAAAAAAGAGAAAAAGGAAAAGAAAGAUAAAAGAAAAAAGCAUACACUUGAUACUGAUGAUGAGGGUUCUGAAAAGAGGCAAAAGAAAGAAUGA